AUGGAGUACAAGGGCAAUGCCCUCUCGCCAGUGGAUGCGGAGAUCAGCAUCCGGCAACUGCGCUCCUUCUCCAUGGAGGAGGUCGGCACGUCUUCCUGGAAGGAUCAGCGUGAGGCGAUGGAACGGCUCAAUAUGUGCACGCACAGCAACGCCAUGCAGAAGACGGACGACUUUGUGAAGUCGUUCCUUCUGGAGCACGACAAGCUUGGCGACGUCCUGCACGAGCUGCUUGUGAUGGAGGUGUGGAGGCAACGCGUGCUACCAGGCGCUGUCGAGGCCGUCACGCACAACCCGACGGCGACGUACAUGUACUGCGCUUACGAAUCAGUGCUCGUGAACCUGCUGGAGUGUGUUUGCUUCUACGAGGAGGUGGUGACUGGCUUCGGCGAUGAUGUGCUGGAGCUGAUCGAUUACUGCUGGCGCCAGGUGGCUCGUCUCUUCUCCGAGAAGGGCAUCGGCGAGGUGCCGACUGCGGCGGCGAAGGAGAGCCCGCUUGCGUACCUGGAGCAGCAGCUGCGGGAGCAGCGCAUUCAGCGCGCCAUGGGGUGCAUCUCGUUGCUGUGGUUCGUCACGGAUCGGCUGGAGGCGCUGCCUCUGUCGGCCAUGAACAGCAUCUUGCGUAAAAACGACAUCCCUUUCGGCUUGGCAGAGGUGCUGCUACUCCAGCCGUGGCUGCGCCGCUCAGCCGGCGAGGUGCAGAAGUUCCACAACGGGGCUUUUGUCGUGGCGCCGGGGAACGAGUCGCAGCGGGUAUGUGUGCCGGAGGCGCAUGCGUGGUUCUGCCUGCACAAGCUUCUGUGCGAUGCCGAGUGUCGCAGGCAGUAUCAGUACACACAGAACAAGAAGGCUGCGCUGCUGCGCGUUCGCUCUCUGCUGAAUGAGACACUGCUGGAUCAGCUGCCCGCGCUGCAAGACGUGCAGCGUGCGCUCGAGGAGCUGUCGUUCAUGGAGCCUCCGACCGGCACCGAAGAAAAGUUCCGCAGCACCCUGAUCAUAGAACAGGUGCCUCGGCUAAUGUCCGCCAUUGACCUACCCAGUGCGGAUUGGGGCGUGCAGGUGGAAAGGAUGAAGCAACUUCUUUCUGACCGUAGCGAGGCAGUGAGUGACGCCAUGCGCAUGUCUCAACUCUUUGACCUCAUGUUUGCCGACCACCAGUGA